AUGUUGCAAGCACGCUCCCGUGCGCAAAUUUUAGUCUUCCAAGGUGCCUUCGUUGCGCAUAGGACGUCUGUUCGAUUACGGAGGUGGGUGUAUGCGCUCAUUUGUGCGAUUAACACACUCAAAUCAUACAUUUCACUCGCAUGGACAAAUGCAGGUCUCGCUGCCUUACUCGGCUAUGGUGCUGCCGCCGAGCUCCUCCGUCUCUCGACCAAUUCCGAGGAGAAAUGCUCACCCUCGCUCAUGAUGACCGAGGACAAUAUCGAGCGCCUCGUCGCGAAGCUCACGCAACUCCGCACAGCCGCGCUCAAGCUCGGCCAGUUCAUGAGCAUAAAAGACAGCCACGUGCUACCGCCCGAGUUCGCGGGCAUCUUCCGCAGGGUGCAGGACAGCGCGCAUUGCAUGCCGGACUGGCAGAUGGAGGUAUAUGGCUGCCCACAAUAUAACGAUGAUAAGUCUACAUCUUCGCACGAGGUCUCAAAGCAGCACAGGUAG